AUGGGUUUCCCCCCGGAAACGGUUUUGGCUAAGGAUUUCUUUGAAGCGCGCCGUCAGGCUGGUAAUGCAAUGACAAUUGGACAUGCGGUCUUAGGCAUUGCUAAGGUGGAUGCUGUUCUGGGACCGCUGUCCCCCUUUCGUCCGACGCUUGAUUUGUCCGAACUCGCUUCCAAGAUUGAGCAGCAUCGUACGGGGCUCUCAGCCUUCCAGGUCACUGUCCAGGGUGACUUCAUGGUUUUGACACCUGUUGAUGAGUUCGGCAGUUUUGCGCCAACGCCAUCAAAGAGGCCACGUGUUGAGGACUCGGCUAUCAUCUCGCCGACUGUCCCCUUUGGUAUCCUUGAGCCUGCAGCUACAGCAGUAUUGCCUUUUGAGCCGGAAUUUGUGAUGGCCCAUCAGCUGGAACUGUCUGCGGGUUCUGUGGGCCAAACACGCAGUGGUGGCAUUAUUUUCUUGGCGCAUAAGGAGGGGCAUUGGAUGAUGGUGUGUCAUGGUGCACCUCGUGAGCCGUUGUCCGCCUUUGUGCAGCGGGGCUUGCCUCAUGCCAAGCGUGAACACUUCACUGCCUUUUGGGAUGAUUGCACUGAAGCCCUUUGGGAUGACGAGAUUUUGGCUUGUCCAGCCAAGAAGAUCACAUUUGACCCGGUCAAGUACUCCGUGAAGUGUUCCUAUGAUGACAACACUGGGCGCACUUUCCGUGCUGAUGUGACAUCCACAGUACGAGGUGCCAUUGCAGCCACAGCCACGGCCAUUCAGCGCAAUCCGGAAUCCCUUGCUUUGCUGCAUAAUGACACACCUUUGAAGUAUGAUGAUUUCCUCUCUGAACUUGAGGUCAGUGCCUUGCAGGUCAAGUUCCGCAUGGUCAGUCCUGCUCACUGUGCUCCUCAGAUUGGCCAGGGUCAGGAAGAUCAGGGUUUGAGGAUUGUUAUCAAAGGGCUCUAUCACGAUGAGCAGACGCCCAUUGAGCGGCUUUUGCGUGAUCAGAUUUCCAGCUUCGAGAUCGAGUGGGACACUAUGGAUGUUCCGGAGCUUGAGGUCAUUGCCUUUCGCCUUUGCCCCCUCCGUGGGGGCGCCAAGAAGGGGCCUAUGGAUGAUGUUCUGAGCGCUGCUCUGGAGGGUCAUGGAGUUCCUCGUGAUCAGCUUCAAUCUCGACUCAAGCUCUUCAAGGAUCGCUGUGACAUCAGUGAACUCAAAGAUUGCUUGGAUGAUGACAGCAAAUUGUGGUCUCGCACGAAGACUUUGGCCAAUGACGGCCGUGUCCGCCUGGUUACGGCGGCUGAACUCAAUGAAUGGAAGAAGAAGAACAAUGGGGGUGUCAAACCCAACAGCAAGCCGCCAUCCCAGGCUGCCAAUCGGCCAGCAGAGCGUGGCAGAGUUCAGGAGGAUGAGAUUUCACCUGAUGGUAUUGAGGUCUCUCCCACCCACUUUGUUGUUGAUGGUGAUGCUCCGAGCUUUCUGCACCGUGACUGUUUUGGCAUUGAUGAGGAGGGCUCUGCAGCAUGUCUGCCCACGAAACUCGCCAACGCCUUUGACAAAUUUGACAAUUGCAUCACAGUUCCUGCACAUUGGAAGAAGAGUGGGGAGCCCCUUGUCCUUCGAUCAGCUUUGGUCAACGUUGGGGACACGAGUAUUGAAUUUCAGCUGCAAGUUCCUGUUUUGGAGGUGCCUCAAGUCAUUGCUACUGUGGUCGAGUUUUGCAUCCUGCGCAAGCACACGGCCUCAUGGUCUGAGACAGCUUUGCCCUUGAACUACUUGGGUAAGCGUGUCACCGUGCUUCGGGGUCCCAACUUGCUUAGUUACUGGGCCCUCAAGACGUUCGGUGAUGAUCGCAAGCCAGCUGCUCAUUCCAAAGCUACUUCAUGGCGGGGUUUUUUCAAGGUUGCUGACACCUUGCUCGACAAUGUUUUGAUGAAAUCCGGUAUUGCUGGCAUUUUCAUGACCCCCAAGGGUGAUGAUCACAAGGCUGAUGCUCGUUUUGUCCCAAUUCCUAUCACUACUGGGACUUUGGAUGAUGCUUGGAACAAGAGUACGGGUUGCGAGCACGCCCUUGGUGUCGCUUUGUGGGGUGACCGAUUUGCAGUUCGCUGUCGUCGUGAGCGCGCCGAGCAAGCCAGAAAGAUCAUUGCUCCUGAUGCUGCUUACAUUGAUUGCCCUGCUGUUGAUCCUCAGGCUGAUCUGUAUGUCCUUCGACACGCUACUUGGAUUGUUGCGGCCAAGGAUCCGCCCAAGACCCAGCACGUUGGUCUCAAUGGUACCCUUGUCAUCAUUGAGCCUUUGAGGAAAGCCAAGGGCCCUUCUCUGACUCUGGUUGCCCGACAUGUCCAAAUGGGCGUCCAAAUGCAGUUUGAUGAUGCAGGUCGAGUGGCUCAGGCCAGUGCUGUCUCUCGUAUGGCUGAGGUCAAGUGUGAGAUCCAGGCUCAGAUCGCGGCAGAAGUUGGAGCCCAACUCCGUCAGGCACACGAUAAGAUGGACAAGCUCAAUGACACAGUUCUAGCCCUCCAGAAGGCCAAUGAGGAGAAGAUCAAUGCAACUGCCCAGAGUGUUGAACAUAUGCGUGAGGAGGCUUCCUUCACCAAGCAGAAGUUGCAUGAGUUGGAGAAAUCCAAUGCGGCCACCACCCAAACUCUGGUCGCUUCUAUGGAACGUUUGAUGGGUCAGAUGGAAAAGAACAUGAACUCCAAGCUCGACACCAUCAAGAGUGAUGUCGUUGGCCGGCUCGCUGAGGUUGAAGAGAGUGUGGGCAUGGGAAAGCGCGCCCGCAAAGAAACCGAUGGCGCACUGUGA